AUGCAGAGCAAGUCAUCACCGACUGACCCUAAGGUACACAUUUAAACAGGAAUCAAUUCGCAAAGUGUGCCGUUUUCAGAAAGGAAACGAAGCGGAUAAGGCGAAGGCGCAGGCUCAGAUGAAGAAGAAAACGCCCGAAGAGCUGCUGGAACUGGCGAACAAGAAGACGUUCUCGACGGAAUCGCUCGACGAACCGGUGCCCGUCUCGCAGCGUCCGAGCGAAACCAAUCUGCAGAACAGCGAACUGAAGAAGGUGCCGCUGGUAAAGGCGUUCAAUUCGGCCGAGAAUCAUCAAGAACAGACGAAGAAGGAAGAGAAGAAGUGA